ACUAAUUAAGAUUAUUACUGUUGUUAGAAAUGCGGACUGACGUGUAAGGAGAGGGAUAUUGAAAAUCUGAUGAAGUUCAUAACUUGAUGAAGGAACUGGAAACUGUAUGAAGAGCAAAGAAUCAUGGCUAAGAAAAAAAAUAGUCGUCAGAAACAUCAGAAGGAUGUUUCUUUUGCUGAUACUUCUGAAGAAGAACUAAAUGAUGGCAUCAAACAAGGUAAAUGCUGUCCACAUAUUUCUAGAGGAAUUAAUUUUGGUCGAAUUAAAAAGAGUUUAAAGGCAUCUGAGAAUAUAAAUGUUUGCAGUGGCUGUGAUGCUGCUAAUAAAGAUGAUCCUCCUGAAGUGUGGUUAUGUCUACAGUGUGGAUAUCGAGGAUGUGGACGAAUGUCAUCAAACAAACAUGGUCUCCAACACUUCAGAACUAUUCAUUCAGAUUGCCAUUCUUUAGUAUUAAGCUCAUCCUCAGGAGUUGUAUGGUGUUAUGAUUGUGAUGAUGAAGUUCUUUUGCAAGUGUCACGCAAUCUAAGGCAGUGUGUUGAAUUUAUAAUGAAACUCAAAGGAAACAAGCCUAAUUUGAAAAGUACAGAUGAAAAAACAGGUACCCAUGAAAACUUGCAAGAAUCUGCUAUUAAAGAAAUGCAUCCUAAAAUUUCAGAAGAACCUGUAAGAGAUUCAAAAUCAAGCAAAACUCCAAAGAGUAAUGCUAAAAGCAAUAUUUCAGUUUCCAAAUCUUCCAUUAAGGGUCUACGAAAUUUGGGAAAUACAUGUUUCUUCAAUGCAGUAAUGCAGAAUUUAGCUCAAACUUACCUUUUAUAUCAGGAAUUAGAAGAUUCUUGCAAUCCCGAUUUUGUAUGGGAAGUACCUCGACUUACCAUAACUAAUGAAACUAUCAUUGAAAAUUCAAAGGAUGUGUUGAAGCUAAUUUUGCCUCGCCAGUUUCCACUUGCAAAUAGUUUAUUGAACCUUUUUAAAAAAAUGUGUGCACCCUCAACAUCAAAAGUUGAAGUUAUCAAUCCUAGUGCAUUAUUUGGAGAAAUAUCAAAAAAGUCACCACAGUUUCAGCAUUUUCAGCAACAAGACAGUCAUGAAUUAUUAAGACAAUUAUUAGAUGGCAUUAGACAAGAAGAAAUUAAA